CUCGAGGCGGACUCCCUCUUCUGUGCACCUGGACUGGAGAACUGUUUCUAGAACUACACAACGGCACCUACACCACACAGGCACAGAUUAAGCUCGGGAAUCGUCAGUGUGAGACCUUGCUCCAUGACGUUGAGGUGGCCAGCAGCAUGGCUCUGUGUCUGGACAAAACGUUCCAGUACCCCUCCGAACCGCUACAAAUCCUCUGGAGGCAGCUCCUCCUGAACCAGUUCCAUGAUGUGAUUCCUGGCACCUGUAUAGAGAUGGUGGUAGAGGACGCAAUGCGAUAUUAUCAAGACAUCCGUACCGUGGGGACCAGACUGCUGCGUGUUUCCUGUCGGGCCCUGGGGUCUGAAGGGACUAUGACCCAGACAGGAGACUCUGACAGUACUGCUACUUCCGUUGCUGUCCUCAACACCCUGCCCUGGGAACGCACCGAGGUUCUCCCACUGACAGGGGGCGCUCCUGAUCAUCAACAACCAUGCCUAGCUCUGGUGACAGUCCCAAGUGUUGGUGUAGUUUCUGUCCGUGAUGCCACUGCUACCAAACCUGUCCCUCUGGUCUCCGUCAAGGUUCAGGUUGAUGGUACUGUCCUCAUGGAGAAUGGGAUAUUACGUGCUGUUGUUAAUAAGGAUGGAUGCCUGGCUUCCUUGUACCUGGUCGAGACUAACAGAGAGGCGAUAUCUCACGGUUGCCAUGGGAACCAGUUUGUGCUGUUUGAUGAUGUUCCUCUGUACUGGGACGCCUGGGACGUGAUGGACUACCACCUACAGACACGGAAGCCUGUAGUAGAGGUGGUGUCUCCUGUCCAGAUAGCAUCUCCAGGAGGACUGAGAGGCAGUGUGACCUUCACUCUCAGAAUCAGUGAUAAGAGCACCAUCACCCAGGAGAUCAUCCUGGAUGCCAUGUGUCCUUAUUUCAAGUUCAACACUCAGGUGGAGUGGUUUGAGUCCCAUAAGUUCCUGAAGGUAGAGUUCCCAGUGAAGGUGAGGAGCCCCAACGCCACCUAUGAGAUCCAGUUUGGACACCUGCAGAGACCCACACACAGGAACACGAGCUGGGACUGGGCACGCUUCGAGGUUUGGGGCCACAAAUGGGCAGACCUAUCAGAGCACGGCUUUGGAGUGUCUCUGCUGAACGACAGUAAAUAUGGAUACUCGGUUCACCAGAACACCAUGACGCUCUCUCUACUGCGAGCUCCUAAGUCUCCUGAUGCCAACGCUGACAUGGGCAGUCAUCAGUUCACCUACGCUGUCAUGCCACACACAGGAACGUUCCAGGAAGCGUCAGUCAUCCAGUGGGCCUACAACCUCAACAACCCUCUGAGGCUGAUCGACCACGCCCCCGGCUCCCACACCGUAGCCUGGAGCGCCUUCUCUGUCAGCGCUGCAGCCGUCAUCCUGGAGACCGUCAAGCAGGCGGAGGACAGGAAGGAUGGUCUGGUGGUACGGCUCUAUGAGUCACAUGGCAGUAGUGUCAGUGUGUACCUCGCGACAGGCUUCCCCAUCACAGAGGCUUGGCACUGUGAUCUACUGGAGCGAGUGGAUCCCUCUCGCCCUGCACCAAUCACAGACUCCGGAAUCUCUAUCAGCUUCAGUCCUUUCCAGAUUGUGUCCCUUGUACUGUACCUGAAGUAAAAAUGGUUUGGGGUCUGAAUGUAAUUUUUCCCUGUAAAUUACGUUCAGCUUAUAAAGGCUUCAGUAUGCCUUCAUAAGCACUGCAUAAAUGUGUUAUAUAGCAUCUA